UCCCGAGACCUCAUCCUCAUCGCCGGAGACGAAGACGAAGACCCGAAGACCCGAAGACGAGCAAGAGAGAGAGAGAGAGAAGAUGGUUCGAGUGAGCAACAAUGUCGUUGGAUGUCUCAAUCUCAUCACGCUGCUUCUCUCCAUCCCCAUCGUUGCCGGCGGCAUCUGGCUCACCAGCCGCGCCUCCACUGACUGCGAGAAGUUCCUUGAAAAGCCUGUUAUAUUUCUUGGAGUUUUCCUCCUUGUUGUCUCCCUCGCUGGCCUCGUCGGCGCUUGGUGCCGCAUCUCCCUCCUCCUCUGGCUCUACCUCGUCGUCAUGUUCCUCCUCAUCGUCGUUGUCUUUUGUUUCACCAUAUUCGCGUUUGUUAUCACUAAUAAGGGCGCCGGAGAAGUCGUUUCUGGGAGGGGGUACAAGGAGUACAGGUUGGGGGACUACUCGAAUUGGUUGCAAAAGAGGGUUGAUGCCGAGAAGAAUUGGUUGAAGAUCAGGAGCUGCAUUCAGGAAAGCAAGGUUUGCCGCCGUAUGGAGGAGAGGAAUCAGACUCUCAAUGAGUUCCUCCGUGAUGAUCUUUCACCUCUUCAGUCAGGAUGCUGCAAACCUCCAACCGCAUGCAAUUUUAUUUACCGUAGUGCAACUGUAUGGGACAAACCUUCUGGCUUUGAGUCCAACAUCUCAGACUGCAACUCUUGGCAAAGUGAUCCUGCCAUUCUCUGCUACGACUGCCAAUCCUGCAAGGCUGGCGUUCUUGCCAAUAUCAAGCAUGACUGGAAGACAAUUGCAGUCGUCAACAUUAUCUUCCUCAUAAUCCUAAUUGCUGUCUACUCAGUUGGAUGCUGUGCCUUCAGGAACAACAGGGAGGAAAAUGCUUAUCCAAGAUGGAAGGGUCAUCCAUAGUCAGAAGUAGGUAUCUAAUGACCCUUACUUUGCUGAAUUUAGCACUCUCUUGAUGUUUUAGCUUUAUAUUUGGACAAAUGCUGUUCUUCAGAUCUUUUAUCAAUCAACUUCUAUUGCUGUGUUCGAUG